GUUGAGGGGGAGGGCCUGGCCAGCAGGCUCAUAGAGGUGGGACCUUCUGGAGCUCAGUUCCUUGGUAAACUCCACCUCCCCAGUGCCCCUCCACCUCUAAAUGAGGGAGAAAGUUUGGUUAGCAGAAUCCUCCAGCUUGGCCCACCGGGAACAAAAUUCCUUGGCUGGACAGCAGACCUCUACAGCUUCAGCACCAGCUGCCACAAAAGUAAAGACAGAAAAGUGUGGGGAUUCUGGUUUAGGGACCACUGGUGACCAACUCUCUACAGAAAUGACCCUCCUUGUCUCUUCCAGCGAGGCUACAAAUGAGUCCUCUCAUUCAACAACACCCACUAAAGAGAAAAGGGAGCCAUUUAAAGAGCCCAUUGAGUUCUUUGAAGAGAUAAGUGAUGAAGCAGCAAAACUUGUGGCAAGGUUGGCACACGCAGAGACAGACAAAGAGCGAGAAGUUGCAGCCGCCAUCUCAGAUGAUGAGAGCAGUCUCACUGAUCCUUCAAUCAUAGAAAGAGAACAUUUCCCAGAGAUGCAGUUCCCUCCCUCAGGAGACAUCUUUCCUAUUAGACCACUGUGGGACGAACCUGUUGAGACACAGAUGCAGCGAAUCCCAGAUGAUAAAGUCCAAAGUCAAGGUAUCCCCCCAGUUUAAGGGGCUAUUCUCUAUCUCUUGUGCCUUGUUAGUACAAUAGCUGUAAAGGUGCUGCCUCUCUGUCUCUUGCCAUUAUGUCCUGUUGAAGUUAAAAAAAAAGUUGGUGUGUUGCUAGAGCUGUAUUUUUGUUUGUAAUGAUGUCUCACUUUCCUUCUAUGUGUGCUGGAAAUCUCACGAUUGACUACAGGCUUUAUCUAACUUGUGAAAACAACUUAGUGACUAAACCCUUUAAAGAUUAAAAUGUGAAUAACACUCUAAACAAUUAUGUGUAAUGGCAAAAAUGUUGUAUAUAUUAAAAUGCUCAUGCACUCUGCACAGACACGUUAUGUUCUAGGGUCUAUGUUUAGAUCCAUAAAUAAUCCUGUGUAAUGAAACUGACAAAAAGAAA